UUUUUUUUUUUGUUCUUUUUUUUAAAUAUAGUGCAGAUUGAAGUUUGUUAAAAUCAUGGACCCCGGGGAUUGGAUGGGGCCUCAAGGGGGGCAUCAAAGUUUUACAUACAAAUUUAUAGGAAAAAUCUUUUAAAAUCUUCUUCUUUAAGAUCAUGGCACCCGGGGGUCGGAUGGGGCCACAAUAGGGGGUCAAAGUUUUACAUACAAAUAUAUAGGAAAAAUCUUUAAAAAUCUUCUUCCCAGAACCACUAAGCCAGAAAAGCUGAGAUUUAUAUGAAAGCUUUCUGAUAUAGUGUAGAUUCAGGUUUGUUAAAAUCAUGGCCCCCUGGGGGUAGGAUGGGGCCACAAUAGGGGAUCAAAGUCUUACAUACAAAUAUAUAGGGAAAAUCUUUAAAAAUCUUCUUCUCAAGAACCGUUGGGCUAAAGAAGUUCACAUUUACAUGAAAGCUUUCUGACAUAGUGUAGAUUCAAGUUUGCAAAAACCAUGGCCUCCAGGGGUAGGUUUGGGGCCAUAAUAGGGACUACGGUUUUACAUGCAAAUAGAUAUGGAAAAUCUUCUGAUAUGGACCAAGGUGACUCAGGUGAGUGAUGUGGCCCAUGGGCCUCUUGUUGAGGAAAUUACAGGUUGUUGACCUUAGUCUAUUUGGAAAUUAAUAUUCUAGGGAGGGUACAUAAUUUGUCCGCCCAACUCCUCCCACAGUUUUCAAGUGAGGACCAUCUUUUUUGUGGAGUGUUUGUAUGGGUAUUGAAGAUGUGCAUCCGGGGAAGGAUUUUGAUUUUCUUCCAUUUUGAACAAAAUUACAGGUUGUUGAACUUGUUGUCCAUUUUGAGGAAAUCUCGAUUUUUAAGCUAAGACCCUUUGUUCAUAUGAAAGUUUGUCACAGCCUCAGGAUGGCUGAAGCAAAGUUAUACAAAUUAUAGCACAAGAAAAACACCCUAUGUAAGCAUUUCACGGGCGUAUUAUGUACCGUUUGCGGUACUCUUGUUAAGAUAAUAUCCGAAAGACCUGUGAUUCUCACCUCUAAAUGCGGAGUGUCUGGCAAAGGAGCAAUCUGACGCGGCCAUGACGCGAGCGGGGCUCGAACUCAUGAUCUCCAAGUUACGAAGCAAACAAUUUACCACUGAGCUACCGCGACCAGUCCCAAAAGAAAAUGAACACGACGAGAAUGCAUGCCAACGUACAUCUAUAUGCACACCCCGUGCACGCAGAUGAGAAUACAUUUCUUACCGUGUAACAGUAAAUUUAUUUAUUAACAUUUAACGGAUGUAAAUUUUUUAAAGAUGUAAACAUUGCUAUAAGAUAGUUAUACUUCUGCCAUAGUACGGCAGGUCACGUCCGUGGUUAUUUUUAAAUGUUGACAUUAAUAAUGUCUACUACAUCAAAAUUGCAAGUUUGAGAGAGAAAAAAAGGUUUUGCAUGAAAUACACGUAUGUAGCGACAGCUAACAUUUAUCACGUGACUGAAUUUACAGAGUUUUAAGAUUACGUCAUGGCGAAGCUACUGUCUAUAGCAAUCUCGGUCUUAGUGAGUGCUGAUGCUACAUACACCUCAUGUCCAGCCAUUCAUCAACCAGAUAUCCGGGUCUUGGACAUCAGACUAAAGCCACAGGCCAUCCCGAAAGAACUGACCACGUAUGCAUGUCAACAAUUCCAGGUUCCACAUACAGAAAGGUACGAGGCCGUGGCGUUUGAACCUAUCAUAGGAAACCGAGAUGUCGUCCAUCAUAUGCUGCUGUUUGGAUGUGAAAACGACAUGGGCACUUCUACCAUUCACCAAUGCGGUGCUCAGGACGGCACUUGUAGCACGUGGUUCGCACAAUAUUCCCUGGGUGUAAGAGGACCCAUCUGUCUUCCAAGAGAUGUUGGUGUCCAAUUUGGGAAAGACUCAUUCACAAAAAUGUUACUGCAAGUCCACUGGAACAAUAACAACGCUUCUGCUAACGCAACGGAUGACAGUGGAUUCCGAAUAUAUUACACGACUACUCCAAGAGCUUACGAUCUUGGCAAUGUUCAAAUCGGCCAAAACGAGAUUUCGAUACCUCCACAAUCGGAGGUCACCGUCAGAGGGAGCUGUAGUACUCGGUGUACCCGGAUGUUUCAUCAUCCCAUUUACCUCACAAGGACAUACAUUCACAUGCAUUAUCUAGGUACUUCUGGGAAAUUAGAGUUGUAUAGAAACGGAAGUCUGGAGACUCUUAUAGCAAAAGAUGAAGAUUAUAUAUACGACAAAUCUCCGAUCCAUGAGCAUCAAAACCCGAUAGAAAUAUUACCAGGUGAUGAAAUUAUGCUUUCCUGCACGUUUAACUCGCGUGAUGGACAUAGGAAAAAAGAUCGCAUAACUCAUUUUGGCGAAGGAUCCGAGGCGGAGAUGUGUUACGCCUUCGUUUCCUACUUUCCCAGGGUCCGUGGAUUUGAUCAGUGUAUUCAGAUGGGUAGUAGGGAUAUAAACUGCUGAAAUAAAAACUACCAUACUUUAUAUACUAGCAUCAAUUUCAUCAAAGAACUAAUUUGAUUUGCUGAAAUAAAAACUGCAAUACCUUA